AUGGGUCUCGACUAUUACGGUCUUCUGGAUAUCACCAGGACUGCUACAGAAGAAAAUAUUAAAAAGGCAUACAGAAAGCUCGCAUUAAAGUAUCAUCCAAAAAAAAAUAAAGAUCUUGAAGCACCAGAACGUUUUGCUUUAAUUGGUGAGGCUUAUGAUGUGCUCAGUACUCACAAAACACGAGCUCUGUUUGACCAGUUCGGAGAAGAAGCUUUAAAGAAUGGAAUUCCCGUUCCGCCGGAUCCAACGGAAGCAGAAGGGCCUGUUGAGGUUUAUGCAUUUCAUGGCGACCCUAUGAAGGUGUUCAGGGAAUUCUUUGGCGUGGACAAUCCAUUCGCUGACUUUUACUUGCCCAAUUUGGAUCCAAGCUACAAAUUUUUCGAAGAACCUGCCAAGCCUCUCCCAGGACCUGACCAGACGCAUACUUUCCCUUUAACUUUAGAAGAUGCGUUCUAUGGAACGACUAAAACGAUCGAUUUACCUCUAAAAGUAGUGGAUGAAACAGAAACAAAAACGAUAAACAUAGUGAAGACUUUCAAAUUUCAUGUUCCUAAAGGUACAACUGAUGGUCACAAAUUUUAUUUCAAAGCUGCCGGAACAUCCGGUCCCAACAUGGUGCCUGGCGAUGUGACAUUUGUGGCUGAGUUGCAGCCUCAUCACGAGUUUAAACUGGAGGGACAUAAUUUUGUAAUUAAGAGGACACUUUAUUUGGCCCACGCACUGACCGGUUGUACUAUUCAUGUGACCACUUUUGAUAACAAGACAGUACAUAUUCCGAUUUCUGAAGUUGUAAAACCUAAGCAGAGAAUAUACCUAAAAGGCGAAGGAAUGCCCGUGAUUGGAUUCGCAUGCAGAGGAGACCUGGUGGUGGAAUUCGAUGUCAGCUUCCCGGACAGUUUGAGCUUUGCACAGCAAGCGCUCAUCAGGCAAGCUCUGCUCAAGGGCAAGUCUGAAGUACCGAAAGCAGUUAAGUUGGCCGCAAUUUCUGGAGCCGCCGAAAUAGUUGAUCCUGAAGAUCUAAAUUGA